UUGAAAUGUCACUCUGCCUGCUGCAUCUGGAGGAGCAACGCUGCCUGUCAUCAUACAUCAUACAUCUUAACGUCGUUUGAAGGACAAACUGGUGGAUCAACUGAGAUGGAGGGAGAGAAGAGCCAGUACGCACAGUUGUUGGGGUCACUCAGGGGAAGGCGACAACUGACCGCUGAGGAGCUCCAGGUCAUCGGGGAGCAUCACCUCGAAGAUCAUGAAGGGAUGGACAUCGAAGAGGAGGAGUACCUGGAUAGCCAGCUACUGGGUGAUGAGGACGAGGACGAUGUGGAGGAAGAGGAGGAGAGUGAUCUCCCGUCAUCCUCAGCUGGCCAUUCCCUGACAGGUCCCAUGUCAGGUAGAAAGCGUAGACGCUUCUCUGACACCGUGUCCUAUCCCUCUUACACCGACACAGACACAGGGACGCCAACCGCUGUUGCAUUUACACCCCGUCGUCCGUUAGGCUUAGAUGUAGGAAGUGUGCAGCGAGCUGUACAGACAGCCACAAAAACAUUGCGUGAAGUUGAUUUUUUUAUGAUGUUCUUCACCUCUGCCAUCGUCGCUGAUAUCUGCGGUUUUACAAACCUUAAAGGGUGGGAACUCAUUAUGAGUAGUCCGUCAUAUGCCAACCGUAAAGGGGGCUGGGAUGAAGUGACUCCAGAUGAACUUUACAGGUUUCUGGGGCUCCUGAUUUACAUGGGACUCACUUCUCUCCCUGAUGUUGGGAGAUAUUGGGGAACCAAGUCUCUUCAGGGUUCAUGGGCCAAAAUGUUUAUGUCGCGGAAUCGUUUCAAGGCUUUGUUAGCAGCUCUGCAUGUUGUAGAUCCAACAACCGAAAACAAUAGUGAUCGUCUUAGGAAAUUGCGUUAUUUAAUGGACCACCUCAAAGCUAAAUGUCAGCAACUUUAUCAGGCCGGCAAACAUCUUAGUGUAGAUGAACGCAUGGUAAAAUCAAAAGGUAGAUCCGGAUUCAAACAGUACAUGAAGGGAAAGCCAACACCCUGGGGUUUCAAAUUGUGGGUUAUUGCGACAUCCGAUUCAGGCUAUACUUUAGAUUUUAAUGUUUACACAGGUAGUCGUGAUGGGCGUGUAACCGAUUUGGCGUCUAAAGUUGUCGAAGAGCUGGUUCAACCGUUUAAAGGCAUGGGUCACACAGUUUGGUUCGAUAAUUUCUAUACAUCCCCAGCUCUUAUGAUCAAGCUUAGGGGUUGGGGGCUAAAUGCUUGUGGUACUUGUAGGGUUAAUCGCAAGCGAUUUCCAGACCAUUUUAAAAAUAUAAAGUUAUGGAAUAGAACGUCAAAACGUGGGGACAUGAGGUGGGAUAGGAUAGAGGGAGAUGUAUUAGUGGUUCAGUGGAAGGACACACGUGUAGUCUCGUGCCUGUCCAAUUUCCACAAUGCUAAUGAUUACACAGAGGUCGAAAGAUUAGUAAGAAAGGAUACAGUUUGGAACAAAGUAGCAGUUCGCCAACCUGCCAUAAUUAGUGAUUACAAUCAACACAUGGGCGGUGUUGAUAGGUCAGAUCAAAUGAUAAAUGCAUAUAGCGUACUUCGUAAAACACAGAAGUGGUGGAAAACACUUUUCUUCCAUUUUGUUGACAUUGCUGUUGUCAAUAGUUUCCUAUUAUUUCAGGAUUGGCAACGUUCUAAUGCAACAUCAGGACAUACCUUAGAAAGGUAUAGUCAGAUAAAUUUUAGGGAAAAUCUAGCUCGUCAGCUGGCAGGGAUUCAUGUAGAUGCAUUGCUGCAGUCACAGUCUUCAGCAGCUCAAACCGCUUAUGAUUCACCGUCGUCGUCGUCAUUUCAUGUGGCUCAUGCUACUGUUUUUGAGGAGUCACGAAAAAACUGUUGCGUAUGUUACAAAAAAUGUAGGAUAGAGAGGAAAACUAAAAUAGGUUGCAAUGCCCCAGAGUGUAAUGGUAAAAGAUUUUGUUUUGUUAGCGAGCGGAAUUGUUUUUUGGAGUAUCAUUCGGCUGAAGGCGAUACAUUUCGAGAUUAGGUCUCUUGUGUCUACUGUCAUAGCACACCCAACCCCCUCUGUGUGUCUGUGUGUCUCUCUGUCUAUUCAGGCUACUGGCCUGAUCCUGUUGUACAUAGUUCUUUGUGAUUCAUAACUUCUUUCUCCACAGUUUUGUUGUUCUCUGUUCAUGGGUUCAAAUGUAAUAUAAUCUAAUUACAUAUUUUGUAUACAAGUGUUGUCAAGUGUAUUCAAUUACUUGUAAAGUUUUAAAUGUUAAUG